CUCCGAGGCCGCCGCCGACCCAAGUCUGUAAACAGUUCGGAAUGCUGCUCAGCGUUACGCGCCGUCGCGCACCGACUGCGCUUGCACGCGCGGGUCCUGCCCUGCUCGUCCGCGGCCACUGCCAGGUGCCGUGCGGCAUUUUCGACGACCCUGCGCGCGUCGCGGCGAUGAAGGAGGACGCAGCGACCAUCCGCAAGUCGAUGGUCCAGAUAGGCGAGCUCGCCGGGAAAGGCGACGCCCUCUCGUUCAACCAAGCGACGCGGUGGGUCAUGACGAAGGAGGCGCACGCCGGCUCCCUCAUGACCACCCUCGGAGAGUACAUGCUCGCUCAGCGCGUCAAGCGGGAGCUCUUUGACCAAGACGAGGAGUACGUUGAGGCGCUCAAGGCGCACCACGCCGCCCUGCAGGCGGCGAUGAAGACCAAGCAGGUCGUCGACGUUGCCGCCUGCGACGCGCUCGACACGGCCAUCGAGAAGGUCGCCCCCAUGUACCUCAAACAAGCGUAGCUGCUGAGGUAGCCGCUCCUGUGCUCCCGCGGCCCUCUUGUCUCUUCUGCGGCAGGGCGGUCGAGGGGAGCGUGCGACUUUGGCUGUGCGCACGAUCUUCGGCAGAGAGGGGGUGGCUUGCCGCGCUGCCGUGUCGCGCUGCCUGCCCCUCCUCACACCCGCGCCAUUUGUGUCCGCCGAGAGAGCGUCGUGACUGACAACCGAGUGUCGGUUCUAGCAAACGACCGCGGCGCGGUGACUGAGGUGUCGUCGGUGCCGAGGCCCGGGGUGUGUGUGACACAUCUCACAUGGACAUGCGAGGCAUCUCGCCUCUUGAGCUGCUCGCCUUCCUCCAAUAUUUUUAGAUGCGUAUGCGACGCAGCACUCUCGUUCGAGAGGCCGCGGCGUCAACAAU